AUGGCAGCAGUAGCUGCGUCAGGAUCUGGGAAUCCCCCUAACCCCACGGUUUAUGUUCACAAUUUAGAAGAGCGCGUUAAGAUCGAUGAUUUGAAAGAAGCGCUUGCCGAAAUCUUUUCCGAAUAUGGCACUAUACUCGAGAUCGUCGCAAAGAAGAAUCUAAAAGCAAAGGGACAGGCAUUCAUCGUAUUCGACAAUGUUGAGUCCGCACAGCGAGCUAUCGAGGAAGUCAACGGAUUUGACUUACUUGGUAAACCCAUGUCUCUCGAUUUUGCGAAAACGAGAAGCGAUGCUACGGUCCUGAGGGAAAGUGGCUCAGAUGAGUUUGAAGCUCAUAAGAGAAAGAGGUUGGCUGAGAAGGAACGAAAACAAGCCCAAGAAGCACUCGAAGCACAGAAGAAGUUGAAGCGGCCGGCGGGKGUAGUACCUGUACCGGCAGAGGCUGGGAGACCAGCAAAAGCAGCUCGUGGAACUGGACUCAAGCCUUCCACCGGGGCAGCUGCCGCAGUUAUUCCCGACGAAUACCUACCUCCAAACAAGAUCCUCUUCUUACGAGAGUUGCCAGAAGAUGCCGACUCUGAUAUACUUACCGGUAUAUUCGGUCGUUUCGAAGGUUUCCGUGAAGUUCGUCUGGUGCCUGGCCGCAAGGGUAUCGCUUUCGUCGAAUAUGAAAAUGAAACGGGGGCUAUCAGUGCGAAAGAAGCGACAUCUGGAAUGCCAAUGGGUCCGAAUGGAAAGCCUAUUCGUGUAACGUACCAGCGACAAUGA